AUGAUCAUCUUGAUUGACCUAAUUUUCCCACAGGACCUAGGGGAUAUCGGAGGAGACACUAACUGGAAGGGGAUAGCCAUCUCCCUGCUGGUCAUCAUCCUUGUGCUGUCGCUUAUAGGACUCGCCAUCGUUCUCCUGUCAAAAGACGACGGGUCCACGUCCCUGGGGAGCCAGCUGACGCUCGAUGAUUUGUUUCAGAAAAGCUUCCAGGUUCACAACCCUGAGGCUGUGUGGAUUAACGAGGAGGAGAUCAUCUUUCGAAGCUGUGACGGCGAUGUCUUGAGAGUGAACACACAAAGCAAUGACACCGACCUCCUGCUGAAAAACACCACCUUCGCAACAUUUAAAGCGUCUAAGUUUUCAGUAUCUCCAGAUCUGAACUUUGUCCUUCUGGGAUAUGACGUGAAACAGGUGUUCCUGCAAUCCUUUCUUGCAUCCUACUUGAUCUACAACUUACAUACCAGGGAAGUGAGGGAGCUGAACCCUCCGGAGGUGUCGGACUCCAUCCUGCAGUUUGCUUCCUGGGGUGUUCGGGGUCAGCAGCUGGUGAGUGUACGUGUUGAGAACAACAUCUACUACCAGGCGGAUGUCACAAGCAGCUCCUGGAGACUCACGUCUUCUGGACAGGAAGGGGUGGUCUUCAACGGCGUCUCUGAUUGGCUGUACGAGGAGGAAGUUCUGCGGUCUGCGGUGGCCCACUGGUGGAGUCCGGACGGCUCCAGGCUGGCCUACCUCAGUAUCAACGACACCCUGGUCCCCAACAUGGUCCUCCCACGCUUCACGGGCUCUCUGUACCCUCGUGGCCAGCAGUACCCCUACCCUAAGAUGGGACAGGUCAACCCUACGGUAAAGAUCUACAUCGUGUCGCUGGACGGAGCAUCUCAGACAACCGAACUGCAGCGUCCUAACAGUCUGGAGAAGAGCGAAUACUACAUCACCAUGGUGACGUGGGUGACAGAGGAGAGGGUAGCGGUGCGCUGGGUGAACCGAGCCCAGAACACGUCCAUCCUGUCUCUGUGUCUCGUCACCACGGGGGAGUGCGUCAAGAAACAUGUGAUGACUUCAGAGAAGUGGCUGGACAGCCAGAAUGACAAGCCAGUAUUCUCCAAUGAUGGAACCACAUUCUUUCUGGCCGUGCCAAUAAAACAUGGAGGUCAUGGGUCUUUCAGACACAUCGCCAUGCUGUCUGACCAGGUCAAAGGUCAGGAGGUCCACGUGCGACACCUGACCUCGGGGAGCUGGGACGUGGCCCGGGUCUUGGGGUACGACGAGACGACAAACACAGUUUAUUUCCUCAGCACAGAAGACGGCUCUACACAAAGACACCUAUACAGAGUUUCAAGUGUGGACCCGUUUCAUCGUGACUGCCUCACCUGCUUCCUGUUCAAACCCCAGUGCUCCUUCUAUGAUGCUGCUCUCAGCCCUGACUAUCAACAUGUCCUGCUGAAGUGCAGAGGUCCUGGAAUCCCUCAAACAACUCUGCAUAACUUGAACAACAUGUCCAAACAUGCCAGUUUGGAGGUGAACCAAGCCUUAAGAGAUGCCUUGGUGUUUCGAAACGUACCAAGGAAAGAGAUCAGGAUUCUGCAGGUCAACCACUUUGCCCUCCCUCUGGAGUUAACCCUGCCGGCAGGUUUUGACGAGACCGCUCAGUAUCCUCUUCUACUCAUCCUUGACGGCUCCCCCGGUGGCCAGGCGGUGAGUGAGCGCUACCAGCUGGAAUGGGACUCGGUGCUGGUCAGCUCAGACAGCGUGAUCGUGGCUCGCCUGGACGGCCGGGGCAGCGGCUUCCUGGGCCAGAGGAUCCUGCAUGAGGUCCACCAGCGUCUGGGGACCGUGGAAGUUCAGGAUCAGAUCGCAGCUGUCGAAUACCUGGCAAAGCUGCCCUAUGUUGAUGGGGACAAAGUAGGAGUUUACGGAAAGGCCUACGGAGGCUUCCUCAGCACAGUGCUGCUGCUCUCCCACAGCUCCAUGUUCAGAUGUGGGGUGUCCGUGGCUCCUGUCACUGACUGGAGGCUCUACGGUUCAGCCUUCACUGAGCGCUACUUUGGAUUCCCAGCUAAGGAGGAAGGCAAACACCAAAUCUCCAGUCUGAUUUCUAACGUCACUGGAACGAGUCAUCUGAGGUUUCUUAUUAUUCACGGCACAGCAGAUGCCACUGUUCACUUCCAGCACUCCGCCGAGCUGGUGAAGCUGCUGUCGGUAUCAAACGUUAACUACACUCUGCAGAUCUUUCCUGAUGAAGGGCACCACCUCUCCUCCACCAAGAGCAGACACUACCUAUUCAGUUCGCUGCUCAGCUUCUUCAGGCAGUGCUUCCAGGAGGAAGUUCCUGUGGCUGUCACAUCAAAGGAGGAAGACUAGCCCAAGUUCUCCUCAAAGCUGUUUAACAGAGAGAACAGCAGCUCUGAAGGUUUUUUCUCUUUCUUGUCGCCUGACGACCUCCUGUGGUGGGCGGGGUUAG